AUGCACAGCCUCAACGUCGUCGGCAUCAAGCUCGUGCGGCGCAUCGUGCCCCUCGCCCAAAAGGUCCUCACCCCCAAGCAGCCCCCGCCGCCGAAACCCAGCACCACGGCCUACAUCCCCUCUCCUGCCAUCCAGCCUUCAUCCAACGGCGAUGGCGGCAAGAACCAGACGGAAUCAUCGACUGCAGCCGGCGAGCCACAGCCGUCCUCACCUUCCUCUCCUAGCGGCAGCGGCGGCAAGUCGUCGGCCCAGAAGCCGCGACGACACCUCAAGGCCGACAUCUACCUGCCCGCGACGUCGGAUGCCGCCUCGUCGCCGCCGCGCAACGCCGUGCUGCCCAUCGUCAUCAACCUGCACGGCUCCGGAUUCUGCUUCCACGCGCACGGCGAAGACGCCCGCUUCUGCUCGCAGCUCGCCACCUCGCUCCCCGCCGUCGUCAUCGACGUCGACUACAGCCACGCCCCCGAGCACCCGUGGCCCGCGGCCGUCGAGGACGUCGACGCCACCAUCGCCUGGGCCCGCACGUUUGCGCGCGAGGGUCGCAAGAGCCGUCAGAAGUUUGGCGGCGGUGACGUCGAGUGGGAAUGGGACGAGAGGAGGAUCGCCCUGACAGGGUUUAGCUCGGGCGCCAACCUUGCGCUGAUUGGCGGCACGCGCAAGCCCCACAAUGGCGGCGUGCAGGCCGUCGUCGCCUUUUACCCCUCCACCAACCUGGCCGAGUCGCCGUGGGACAAGCCGCAGCUGGCGCCCGAGGCUGGGGCGGCGGGCGGUGUGAUGCCGCCGUGGCUGCGGUACAUGCUGUACGAGUGCUACGUACCGGCGCACCUGGCUCCGGACCGCAAGGACCCCAACAUCUCGCCGCUCUACGCCGCGCCGUCGUCGUUCCCGCCGAGCGUGACGAUCAUCAACUGCGAGCGAGACUCGCUGGCGCGGGAAGCGGCGCAGCUGGCCGAGCGGCUGCACAAGGCGUGCACCGGCGGCGACGGCGAUCGCGAUCGCGACGGCGACGGCGAUGGUGAUAGGUACGAUGGCGAUGUGACGCUGUGGACGGCGCAGGGGCAGGGACACAACUGGGACAAGAUGACCAAGCAGGACAGCGAGCCGGCCAAGAUGCGCGACGAGGCGUACCGGCUGGCGGUGCGGAGGAUUCGGGAUGCGUUUGCCCUCGUCGCUGUGGGAGCCGACGAGAUGCGCGACGAUGAUGAUGAUGACGACGACGACGACGACGAGAUGGAGAGCGGGCGGCAGGACGAGGCUUGA